AUGAGUCACCGGCAGUUUGGCUGGGGAGAGGUUGGUGGACGUCACACUGAACAUCCAGGAUUUUGUGGGCAAGAGCUUCCUUCGCAACCUCAAGUCACUCAUCCUCUUACACCAGACUUUGAGUUUCAAUAUUCCCGCGAUGAAGAUGAUGCAGUUGCACAGACCAGUGUCUCACAUGCGGUUAAUCCUUCCACGUUGUCCAUCCGGUGGUCCAACAGUUCACAGAUUCCUCCGGAUACCUUGCACAUGCAGCCACAGCCACAGGAAGUUCAGAUCAUGAUGUCGCAGCCCAAUGACGUAUUAAGACACCAUCACAAGAAGAAUGGCCGGCCACGCCUUCCCAAUCCUGAAACCCUCGAGUUGUUGCAUCAAGUCGAGUCUGACAAGGACCAACCAACCCAGUGGUCUAAAACUAAACAAUUGAGGAAACUUGACAGGCCAAAACCCACUCAACUAGCAUGGUAUGCUUUAGUUGCCAAUUUACCGUCGUCUGUAAGCGAGGUUCUUGUUUCAGUCUUAGUUACAUGGGACCAGGAUGGUAAACAAUUUGAAGCCGGGAUUUGGCCGCAACAGAAAUCUAACAUGGCUCGGCUGUUGUACGAUGAUCUUGCAACCUGGCGAUCCAACUUGAAGAAAUCCACUAUGAGCCUUGCACCCCAAUCAUACUCGCUCAUUCCCCCGCCUUCAGUCCCCAUUCAAGAACGUGCAGAGUGGGUAGAACACGCUGCUGCAGACUUACUGGAAGGGUCACUCUUCCUACACUUUGGAUUAGAUGAAUAUGGUAAAACAAGGAAUUUUGCUCAUCCCGCACUUCAUGACACUGUCAUCAUCUUCUUUUACAUGGGACCUUACCGAAUCGCACGCAGGCAACCGGACAUAUUCCGCAACCAAUUGCCUGUGUCAUGUCUGGCUUUGUACAACUGCGUUCUCGAUGGUCUCACGAAGAACAGCCACAGCAAAUAUUACCCGAAUUUUACUGCAAGGGAAUAUGGCCCUAUCUACUCCAAAAUGGUCCAAAUGCUCAAGGCCAUCCUUCAGGAUCUGUACCAUGGCCCUAGGUUGUUGGCGCAACUGCGAGAGUGGGCUGAAGCUGGAUGGCGAGAAUGUUGUGACCGCAAGUUUGAGGGUCGACAGAGCUGCGGGGGCUCGACAUGA